AUGGAUAAGACCAAACAGUUUUUAAUCAAACCGGAGGCCAAUUCACCUCCAAUUGAUACUUCAAACUGGCCCUUUCUUUUAAAGAAUUAUGAUAAGCUGAACGUACGAACUGGCCAUUAUACCCCGAUGCCGCACGGCUCGUCGCCACUCUGCAGAGACCUGUCGAAUUACAUGAAAUAUGGAUACAUAAACUUGGAUAAGCCGGCGAAUCCAUCAUCGCACGAGAUUGUGGCCUGGAUAAAGAGGAUUUUGAGGUGCGAAAAGACGGGCCACAGUGGAACUCUUGACCCUAAGGUCACAGGAGUUCUCCUGGUGUGCCUGAACAGGGCCACGCGCCUCGUAAAAUCUCAGCAGAAUCACGGGAAGGAAUACGUAGCUGUCGUUAAGUUCCACUCACCGCCAGAGUCUAAAGCCAAGGUUGAGAAGGUGCUUGCGGAGCUGACUGGGACCCUGUUUCAGAGGCCUCCGCUGAUUGCCGCAGUCAAGAGGCAGCUGCGCGUCAGGACAAUAUACGAGUCGAAGCUCCUCGACUACAACGCCGAGGAGGACCUGGCGCUCUUCUGGGUCAAGUGCGAAGCGGGCACGUACGUGAGGACAAUGUGCGUGCACAUGGGCCUGCUGCUGGGCACGGGCGCACACAUGCAGGAGCUGCGCAGAGUUAAGUCGGGAAACAUCUCGGAGUACGACAACAUGGUGACCAUGCACGACGUGCUCGACGCGCAGUACCUCUACGACAGCACCUCCGACGAGUCGUACCUGCGCUACGUGGUGAGUCCGCUCGAGCAGCUGCUCACGGGCUACAAGAGGGUCGUGGUCAAGGACUCGUGCGUUAACGCGAUCUGCUACGGCGCGAAGCUCAUGAUCCCCGGAGUCCUCAGGUUCGAAAACAACAUAGAGCUGCACGACGAGCUCGUCAUGAUAACCACGAAGGGCGAGGCGAUCGCGCUGGGCAUCGCACAAAUGACCAGCGCAGUGAUCGCGACGGUCGACCACGGCGUGGUAGCGGUCAUCAAGAGGGUGAUAAUGGACCGCGACACGUACCCGAUGCGCUGGGGGUACGGGAACAGGAGCACUGAGAAGAGGCGCCUGAUCAGCCUGGGCCUCCUCGACAAGGACGGGAAGGUGAACGAGCGCACUCCGCAAAGCUGGACGAAGAGCGAGGGCUACCUGCCGAAGUUGACCGGCGAUUCCGCCGCAGAGGGCAGUGCGUCAGAGGACCCGAAGGUCAACGGCGAAACUGCAGGAGACAGCCCAGAACCAAACAAUAAGAAGCGCAAGUUUUAG